AAAACUAACACGGCCGGCCAUAGAAUUAUUAGAAUCGAUGAAGGAAUUAUUAACAAAUUGAAAACUGUGAAAACCCUAGAAAUGGAAACCAAGAAAAAUCCCCAAUUCUGAAUUGCAUGGAAUCCCUAACCCUAACCCAAAUUCGCCAUAUCGGAUACGCCCCUUCUCGGACCUUCCGUUUCUUCUUUGCCGGUGGCUGAGCCCAACAGACUCAGAGAGAGAGAGAGAGAGAGAGAGAGAGAGAGGGAGGGAGGGAGAGGGAGAGGGAGAGGGAGAGGGAGUUAUGGAGAGUGAGGGAUCCGGUCCAUCAGCCUGCAUCCCGGGAUCGAUUGUGUGGGUGAGGAGGAGGAACGGUUCGUGGUGGCCCGGGAAGAUACUGGGGCCCGAAGAGCUCGCGUCUUCGCAUCUCACGUCUCCGCGGUCCGGGACUCCCGUCAAGCUUCUCGGAAGGGAAGACGCUAGCGUGGACUGGUACAAUUUAGAAAAAUCCAAGCGUGUGAAGGCAUUUAGAUGUGGGGAGUUCGAUGAUUGUAUUGAAAAAGCUGAGUCCUCCCAGGGCAUGCCUAUAAAGAAAAGAGAGAAAUAUGCACGUCGAGAAGAUGCUAUUCUGCAUGCUCUUGAACUUGAGAAGCAAAUUUUGGGAAAGCAAGGAAAGUUGGGUAUAGAUUCUGAUCGGACAAGCAGUAAAUCAUCUGCUGGUAUGAAAAAGAGAUUGGUUAGUUGUUCAGAAAAUUUUGGAGAUGAUAAUGGAAAACUUGGAAAUUCGAUUCCACAACAAUUUCCUAGCAGACUUGAAAAAUAUCAUAAGGACAAGUCUAUAGGCAGUCUUCUCUCUUCACAGAAAACCAUGGAUGGAAAUCAACUAAGUGGGGAUGAUGAUCAUUCUGAAAUCAUGCCUCGUAUGAGAGGCUUGCAGGAUUUUGGUCUCAAGAUUACCCCUGCCAAACAAAUGCCUUCGCCUUCUGUUGGUUCAAAUGGUUCUUGGAAACCUACAGCUGAUCACCAUGCUGAUGCUCUUCCUGGUGGUGGUGUUCUUAGCAUGGGAAAUGCAAGUCAUGCAAACGGUGUGGAGCAGACAGGACUUGCUUCCCGAGCAAAGAAGAGAAGAUGUGUCUACUUGACAGCAGAGCAUGGUGAUUCUUUGGAUUAUGGUGAGACUUCUCGAAGUCGGAUUGAGAUGUCAACUUCCCAAUUUGGAGUGGGUAAUGGUCAUCCUUAUUCUGGUUCUUUCAUUGAAGAGAACUCUUCUGGUUUUACGGAAGAUGUUGAAACCAAUUCUUCAACUGGAUCUUCUGAGUCUGAGUCCGACUUUUCUGAGACAGAACCAGAAAUGGAUGAAGAUACAACUUUACUAUCAGUAGCAGAAUGGAAUACUCUUGGAAGAUCUGAAGCACAAGAACAUGGACUUAUGAGCACUGAAGAGCAUGAUGAGUCAGCAUUUUCGGGUGACAUGUCUCACCAUUAUCUUCACGACCAUGUUUCUGCUAAUGAUGCAGUGUCCAAAUGGCGAUUGAAAGGUAAGAGGAAUACUCGCAAUGUUACAAAAAGGUCUGUGGAUGCAAGUAAUGGAAGAGGUUCCAUUCAUGGAAUAUGUCCUGAAGAAAGGGGAAGUGGUUUAAGGCAUAGAACAUUGAGGCAGAAUUUGAGUUUCCGCAGAAAUGAUGAUUUUGAUUAUAGUGUUGAUGAUGAUGAGGAAGAGGAGGAUGAUGAUGAUAAUGAUGUAGAUGAAAGGGAUUUUGGCAAUCAGAAAGUAAGAUUGGUCAGUAAAUAUUCCCUGACAUCAAGAGCUGCAUCCAGGGGUCGAAGUAGUGUUGGUCGUAAAAUGGUUGGCUGGGAAGACUUGAGAUGGGAGGAUCCACCUGCUUUGAGAGGAUACUGGGGUGUCAAAGGAGAGCAAUUUGAUCCGUAUUUUGAUGCCCAUUAUCAUUUUGGUGGGAGGCCGAGAUCCAUGCUGGUCAAUGUGGAUUUGAAGGUCCAAGCAAGCUACCAAAAAGAGCCUGUCCCUAUUGUUUCUCUUAUGAGCAAGUUAAAUGGGAAGGCAAUUAUAGGGCACCCAAUUCAGAUUGAAGCCCUAGAAGACGGUUCAGCUGAAACUCUUCUUUCUACUAUUGAUGAAGUGUUUAACAAUGAAAAUACUACACUUCAGCCAGCUUGGAGAACUGCAAGGAGAACGGCAAAUUUUCGGCGGGUCCCACGACCUCAUUUAUCAUCGGCACUGGAUGGUGAUGAAGCCACCAAUGAUCUUUCCCUCUUAUAUCAAGAAGGGAAACUGCCAUCCAAGAAAUUAAAUGCAGGGAGUUUCAGUUAUAAGCCAAGCCUGGACAGGAGCAACCUCCCUCACAGUCCUCGGCCUCCAACUGACAGAAAGUUUUUGAAAAAGCCACCAAAGAAAGUAAGCUUAUCAUCUAGUCAGAAAACUAGAACCCUCUCUUCAAUAGCUACUGAGCAACACGUUAGUAUCAAGCCAAUACAAGAUGGCAAUAGUGGUCAAAUGGAUGGACUGAUAAAACCAGAAUCAACUGGGCCCACUACGGUAGCCUGCAUACCCGUUAAAUUAGCUUUCAGUAGGUUACUCGAGAAGAUCAACAGGCCGCCAUCAAAAGCAGCUAGUAAUGUGAAUUUGUUGAAUAGUGAUUUGGGGAGAAAUCAGUCAUAGGUUACAUGUACAUUUUCAGAAGGGAAACAAUAAAUAUCAUACUGCUAGCGCAACAGUUAUUCCUAAUCUCUUCUUUCCAAGGAAGGCAAUUCCAAACCUCAGCAUUUUGAAGGUGAAGAUUCUGCUGCCUUUUAGAAUAAUGAGAUAAAGCAGGUCAUAGAGGAAGAAACCUUAGAUUGUUAAUAUAAGGGGCAUUAACUGCGCAUUUGUUGUUGAUGGGUUGUUUUCGAGGACUGGGGGAGAAAGAGAGCUUAUGGUGGCCAGAAACAAGGCAAUGAACUUAUAUGGAUAUAAGUAGGUACUUUGAAAUCUAUGUUGAUGAAUGUAUAUUUUAUCCCUGUACAAGCUUAUGUAUCUACAAUUUUUUUUAAUAAUUUAAAAGAAAUAUAGGAAACAUAAAAUAGUUGGGAUCAGUUUAGACACAUUUACCAAAUCUGUAGUUCUGUGGAUUAAUUUUUAUUGCAGUGAGAGAUAUGGUCCGCUGUUUGGAUUU